UAGUCAAUCCUCUUUGACUAGAACUGAACCUUUAUUUUUCAACCAAUAAUUGCUCCACGAGCCGGGCCUGAAAGCAUUUAUAACUAUGUUAUUUAAACAAUCUUGGAAACUCUACACAAUAAAUUAUUCUACAAACCUUAUUCCUCACAUUUUGAGGUGUCACAAUCGUGCCAGAUGUUCGGGACCCAGUGAAAAAUGGGACUUGAUGGCUGCUGUGUGCGUGGAAAGACACCCGGUGAUAACAAAACCGAAGACAGAGCUAGAGGAAAAGGUCCUGGACGUUCUGCUUCAAAUUGAGUCAGAGAACAGCUUGAAGAACGAUCACGAGUUGAGAGCAGAGCUUGAGACAAAGCAAAAUGAACUAUUCAAAAAGGGAAUGGAAAUUGAUCCUGACAAAGUGCUGACAAUCACCGCUCAGGAUAUCGAAGACGCUGGAGAGGCCGAGCUCGCAAAAUUCCCUUUUGCUUCAAGGAUUACUGAUGCUGAUAAAGAAAAUAUCAAGAACUCCCUCGAGAGGCGACUAGACAAAUGUCUUGUACUGCUGGUGAAUCAGAAAGUGGGUACUGACACAUUCUGGCUGCCUCCUCAGGGUCUUCGAGAGGAUGGCGAAAGCCUUCGACAGACCGCAGAAAGAAUACUCCAGACGACCUGUGGGCCAGCCUUCUCUGCAAAAAUCUACGGGAAUGCUCCGAUGGGUUUCUAUAAAUACGUGUAUCCAAAGGCCGUACGAGAAAAGGGCUCUCGUGGGGUGAAAAUCUUCUACUACCUGGCAAAGUAUAUUUCAGGAAAUCUUGAGGACCCGGUGAAGUACCAGUGGCUGGACAGAAAAGAAUUAGGAAGUAUUUUACCAAAGCCAGUCCACAGGAGCGUCUCCAUGUUCCUCGUACCAGAGUAAACCCCAUCGUCUCGAAUAAAUACUGUAUAUAGAAUAAUUUAUCGUUCCUCUUUAAUUAAAAAAUGACAAUCGC